AUGUCGUCCUCGUACGUCGCCAUCAAGUGUGCGGGGUACCCAGUAAGUAAACGCGGAUAUGCAAAAUGCAGUAGGCAUGGUCUCGACUUCUGGCAUUUACUUUUCCGCGAUGGCCAGCCUAUUGAGGUGUUUCCCGAUUUGAGACUCUUCGACCAUUGCCUCCACCAGGUAGGUUUCUUAGUGCUCAAAAUGGCUACGGAUACACAAGUAAUUCCCCUUGAAGAGAUUCCGUCGACGGAGGAGGAUCACAGGCAACAGUCUUCACACCAAUCACUGCCUGCUCCUGAUGGCGGAGCUGCCGCUUGGAAGUUUCUGGCUGGGGCUUUUGUGAUCGAGGCUGUACUUUGGGGCUUCCCGUUAUCUUACGGUGUGUUCCAAGAGUAUUACUCGAAACAUCCCGACUUCAAAAAAGACUCAAACGUAGCUGUCAUCGGUACCGUAGCAACCAGUGUCUAUUUUCUAGGUGGCCUCGUUGCAACGCCCCUGGUAGCGCGUUAUCAGAAAUGGCAACGACAUCUCAUUGUCGUAGGGUGGCUCGGCUGCGUCGUAUCCCUCGUGGCUGCAUCCUUCGCAACCACGGUCCCCGGCCUCAUCGCUACUCAAGGAGUUAUGUUUGGUUUUGCAUUUCUGAUAGUGUACUAUCCCAUCCUGCGUAUGCUAAAUGAGUGGUUCAUCAAGCGGCGGGGGUGGGCUUUCGGGGUCAUGUCAGCCGGUGCAGGCUGCAGCGGAGCCGGCUUCCCUUUUCUCUUGGAGCUUCUACUGUCAAAAUACGGAUAUCAAACAACUCUUCGUGCCGUGGCAGUUGGGGUUUUCAUCACCGUUCUGCCUAUUAUACCGCUUCUGAAAGGCCGAUUGCCCGUGUCAAACCAAGGGGCUCUGCGAAAGAUGGAUACUGGUUUUCUCCGACAGCCACUCUUUUACUGUUUCGCCAUGUCGAACCUGCUCCAAGGCCUUGGGUACUAUAUCCCCUAUCUCUAUCUACCGACAUAUGCGACAUCCAUUGGUCUCUCUGGAACAGCAGGUGCGUUGAUUCUCGCUGCAAGCAACGUGGCAACGGUGUUUGGCCACCUCGGCCUUGGCUACGUGUCUGAUCGCGUCAAUAAUGUUCUUAUUCUGGUCUUUGUCUCAUCCUUUGUCUCUGCCCUUGCGAGCUUUCUCAUGUGGGCCUAUGCUUCGUCAUUGGCUCCUCUAGUGGCCUUCUCGUUGAUAUAUGGCGUGGCAUCUGGCGGAUUUCCAUGCCUAUGGCAGAAGUUUGGUUCUGUUCUCUCGGAAGACCCUGGACCAGUCUACAGUUUUAUGGCUCUCGGAAAAGGAAUUGGGAACAUCCUUACGGGUCCAAUCACGACUUCGCUUAUGACCGGCCCGGUUCGCUCUGGAUAUGGCCAGGGCCGGUUUGAGCCAUUGAUUGUCUACCUGGGCUCAAUGAUGCUGGCCUCUUCAAUGGGGAUACUUGGAUGGACCUUAGUCCCAAGGAGUAGGUAG